CGGAAGUAGUUAUUUAGCAACAGUUAGCAAAAGCUAGUUGUGUGAUUUAUGUUGUGCAGUAAGUAAAGGACGUUAUAAACAACAUGUCAGGGCAAACGUUAACAGUGACAGUUGCAUACGGAUCUGCUAAGCACAGCAUCACAUUAACUGGCCAGGAUGAGGGCAAAGGACCCAUUGUCAAAGACCUCUCAGAUGCUCUUGCCCAAGCCACUGGAGUUCCUCAAACGUCACAGAAACUCAUCUUCAAAGGAAAAUCCCUGAAGGAUGUGGAGGAGAGUCUGUCCAGCUACGGAGUAAAAGAAGGCUGCAAACUCAUGCUGAUUGGAAAGCGGAAUAGUCCUGAGGAAGAGUCUGAACUGAAGAAGCUGAAAGACAUUGAGAAAUCUGUAGAACAGAGCGCUAAAAAGCUGGAGAAGGUCGACGGGGAGUUGACUGGACUCAAGAACGGCUUCCUUGCCAAAGACCUCCAGGCAGAGGCGUUGGGUAAACUAGACCACCGAGUGAAAAUAGCAGCUGAACAAUUCAUGAAGAUUCUUGAGCAGAUUGAUGCUAUGAAUAUCCCAGAUAAUUUCAAUGACUGCAAAAUGAAGAAAAAGGGACUUGUAAAGACCGUCCAGGAUUUCCUGGCACAGUGUGACAAGAUCGAGGCUUGUAUAGCGGACCACCAAUCAAAGAUCCAGUCGAAAAAUCUCGCCCUGCCGGAGUAAGCGAAGUGUCCCAUAUCAUGUGCUAAUCAUUGCUCUGUGAGCAGCUGUGUACAGAAAGCGUCACGAGUGGAUGCGGUCUUUGUCUAUUUAUUGUUGAUGUGUAUGAGACAGCCCUCAUCACAGUGAGUCCUGAGAACAGAAGGAGGCUGGUUCUUGGUUCUAUGUUAGAUACAUCUGGGAUAUGUCCUCUGGAUUCAAGAGAAAUUAUGAAAUCAUAACAACAGACACUCUGUGAAAGUUUUGAUUUGUGGCAAAUAAUGUAGAUCAGAGGUUUUCAAAAUGUGAGCCCUGCCCUCCCAGAGGCACACCAAACUGUUUAAAGGAAGCUUAGUGAAAAAUAUAUAGACAAUCGCAUAGAAAAACCUAAAUUAGUUUUAUCGUUAAGUAUCUCAAAUGGUUCAAUAAUACAGAGAACAUGUUGUUCAUCUAAUUGUGGUGUACCGACUGUUUUGAUGUAGAAGUUUGUACACACCUGGCUAAAAAUAUGUGGACAUUAAUGACCAUCGAUCUGCAUACAGAUUUCAGUCUUUUGGAAAAUGGGUCUAUCACCAACUAUUAUCUUAUAUAUGAUAAAUAUACGGUAUAUGGUCAUUUGAAACUCAACAACUGUUAACAUCUUUUGUUAUUCGAAAGUAAAGCAGCUAUUUUGUUGAUAUAUUUUCUGCUCUUCUUCAUCACAUGCUAGUAAACUGAAUAUGUUUAGCUUUCAGACAAAAGGGAACAUUUGAUGGUCCUUUUUCAAAACAUGGUUAAUGUUCAGUUAAAAGUCGUUACACUAUUAAAAAAAGAAAAGAACAAGAAGUCCAUAAUGCUGUCCACAAACCUUUUUGCCAUAUGUUGUGUAUUUAUAUUUCUACAUUGAGUCAGCACCUUUAGUUCAAUCCGGUGACUGAUCCUGUGAACUUGCGUACCUUUGAAAUGUAGUGUGCACUGUUGAAUUGUUAUUGAUCUAAUUCAUCAUGAAAACUGACACAUGACAUCUAUUUUCCUUUGUUUUAAAAUAAAAUAUUUGAAAAUG